AUGAUUCAUUUCAUCGUUGAAUCGGCGCCAUAGAGUCUCGACAUAAAUUACUAGCAUCCAAAUUGUUUUGUUCUCUGUGCCGACCGAGCUCUGUCUCUGUGUAGGAACAGUGAAAGUUUGAAUAUCGUUCUUAUCAUAUUUCUCUCGUUUGAUUAUUGUCAUAUUUAGAUUAUUUCAUUGGAACAAGAGAUGAAUCCUCAAAGACCGUAUGCAUCGCUGCCAAAAAUUGCACCAGUAAUGAACAAAAAUGAAGCAGUCGAUAGCCAAUCCAGUCAUCCACCUGAACAAAACCAUCCUCCGCUAAAUGAAGAAACUACAAGACCAGACAUCGCGCCGCCUAAUUAUCAAUCGUCGGUGGUUCAAAAAAAUGAGUCUAAUUUUGAUCCCGAAAAUGUGAAAGGGUUUGAUUUCAAUGACGAUUCCAUUCGGCGAAAUUUCAUCCGCAAAGUUUUUAGUCUGAUAGCGACACAACUGGUGAUUACAUUUGUUCUAGUGUUUUUAAUAAGCCAACCAAGAGGAAUUAGAGAAUAUAUGUUCCGAAAUGCAUGGAUUUUCCAUUUGGGACUCAUCGGUCUGAUUAUAUCAAUGCUAACUAUUGUUUGUAGCGAAGGAAUUCGUCGUACCUAUCCAUCCAAUAUGAUUUGCUUGGGUGUAAUUACACUUUGUGAAGGGAUUUGUAUCGGUUACAUCGGCGCAAUCUAUGAACCCGAUGUGAUUUUGACCGCUUUGGGAUUGACCGUUAUUGUGGUCAUGGGAUUAUCUUGGUUUGCCGUACAAACAAAAUAUGAUUUCACAAAAAAGAAUGGGGCUUUGUUUUCGGCUCUUCUUAUUUUCACCAUUGCCUUUCUCAUCGGCACUAUCACACGGGACGAUAUUACGGAUGUGAUUCUCUCCGGCUUUGCUGUCAUUCUGUUUUCAGUUUACUUAAUUCGUACGAUGAAUUUCUAUGUGUUUUAUGAUCGAUUUUGGUUUUCUUUUCAAAUUAAUUUUGAUAAUUCCUUUACAGAUGACAUACAGUUGAUCAUUGGCGGAAAACACCAAUAUCAGUUGAAUCCAGAAGAAUAUAUACUUGCCGCUCUGAUCAUAUACAUCGAUAUACUUCACAUCUUCAGACGCCUUCUACGCAUAUUAUCAGUGCUCAAAAGAAAAUAGUUUUAACAAACCAAUGAACUCUUUUGUGUCUCUUUUUGAACGUUCAAAUGAAAAUCUAGGGAAUAGUAGGUAUGGAUUUUAAGAUUUGAUAAGAUUAAUACAGGUUCGAAUAGAUCUAGCUGAUCCGACGGCAUUUCAUUCCCUAGAUGAAAAUUUAUUAUAUUAUUGUGUAGAAAUAACACUCGCCAUUUAUGAUAUUACCAAAUAUAUAUAACACAGUUUUAAGCAGCAGAGGGUAUUCACUAUUAGUAAUUUGUUGUUGAUUAUAUGAUGUUGAAUGCAUUCGAACAAGUCAAUUUCUUGACGGGUUUUUCAAAUAAAACACUCGAAAAAUUCAA